AUGGACACAUCCGCACACCUCCCACCGGCCCUCCUCCAACGAGCCCGUACCAUCGCCACCGAACAUGAAGCCCUCGCCCGCUCCCUCGAAUCAGACUACGACACCAAGACGGCGCGGCGCCUCGGAGAGCUCUCGAGCGUCGUCACAGCCCUCCGCGAGUGGGAACAGGCGACGAGCUCCGUCGCCGAGCUCAAUGGCCUCCUCGGCUCCAAGGACAAGGAGCUCCGCGACAUGGCGGCCGAGGAGCUCGAGUCGACGAGGGACCAGCUCGCCGCCGUCUCCCGCAGGCUCUCGGCGUCGCUGACGCCCAAGGACCCCUACGCCCACAUGCCCUGCCUGCUCGAGAUCCGCCCGGGGCCCGGCGGCCUCGAGGGCCGCUUCUUCGCCGACACGCUGUUCCGCAUGUACAAGCAGUACUGCUCGCGCAAGGGGUACCGCGCCGAGGUGAUCAAGUACGAGACGGCCGACGCCGCCGGCGACCAGUCCACCGCCGCCGGCGAGAGCCCGCUGCAGGAGGCCAUCGUCGAGAUCCACGACCCGGGCGCCUACGACCUUUUCCGCGGCGAGGCCGGCAUGCACCGCGUGCAGCGCAUCCCGGCGACCGAGAAGAACGGCCGCGUGCACACGAGCGCCGUGGCCGUGUGGGUCCUCCCGUCCUUCCAAGAGAGCGGCGGCGAGGGCGGCGCCCAGGACAUGGACAACCCCGAGAGCGACUUCUACAUCGACCCGGCCGAGGUCAAGAUCGAGACGAUGCGGGCGCGCGGCGCGGGCGGCCAGCACGUCAACAAGACCGAGUCGGCGAUCCGCAUGACGCACGUGCCGACGGGGACGGUGGUGAGCAUGCAGGACUCGCGGUCGCAGUCGCGCAACCGCGAGGACGCCUGGAAGCUGAUGCGGUCGCGCGUGGCGCUGAUCCGGCGCGAGGCGCGCGAGGAGGCGGCCGCCCAGCUGCGCGACUCGGUCCUCUCCCAGCACCGCAUCUCGCGCAGCGACAAGAUCCGCACCUACAACUACAACCAGGACCGCGUCACCGACCACCGCGCCGGCCUCGACGUCUACAACCUCGACGACGUCAUCAACGGCGGCGAGUCGCUCGACAAGAUCGUCGACGCCGUCCGCGACUGGCUCGUCUCGGCCGACAUCGCCGCCAUGAUGGCGGACGAGGAGGCCAAGGCCAAGAAGUUGCAGAAAUAG